CCACCACCACAACAACAACAACAACAGCAACAGCAAGAUGGAACAAGGACCAAGCAGUGACGACAGAAGACGACUACUGAUACUCUACGCAAGUCAAACCGGAACAGCAGAGGAUGUCGCACAACAGAUCGCAAGGGGCGCACGAAGGCUACACUUCAAGACCGAGACCACUUCCAUGGAUGACUACGAACGAGAUAAGAUCUUCGACGAGGACCUGGUGAUCUUCGUCUGCUCAACAACCGGACAAGGAGUCCAGCCACAGAACAUGAACAAGUUUUGGAACGCACUCAAACUAGCUAGCCUACCCAACGACUUCAUCGAUAACAUCAGAUUCGCCCUCUUUGGAUUAGGGGAUUCAAGUUACCCUAAAUUCAACUGGGCCGCCAAGAAACUAUUCAGAAGACUCACUCAGAUCGGGGCUCAAGUCUUUUACGAGCGUGGUGAGGCAGAUGAUCAAAAUCCUAACGGAAUCGAUUCCACACUCCUACCAUGGCUAGAAGGACUAUGGAAGAAACUGAUUGAGAUCAAACCACUACCAGAACAUCUCACUCCAAUCCCACCUGCUACCUGUCUACCACCCUCCUUCCGACUCGAACCUACUACUACCACUCCAACGCCCCUUCUCGAAACUAUUCCUAAAUCAAAUCAAUCUAUUCCCGCCAUCCUCACCAAAAACCAACGAAUAACUGCACCAGAUCAUUGGCAAGAUACUCGGCAUCUCGAAUUCGAAUUCGAUCAGACCCUAGAGUUCCAGCCUGGAUCAGUGGCCGAAAUCUUACCCGAAAACUGUGCAGAGGACGUUGAGAAAUUAUUUAAAUUGAUGAAAUGGACUGAUUUAUCUGACCAAGUCUACAAGCUCUCAUAUUAUGAUUCAAAUCAACAAGAUUUACCAGCCGGAUGGACCGAAUACGCCACUCUUAGAGAAAUUUUCACGAGUCGCUUAGAUUUCAUGGCCGUACCAGGUAGAUCGUUUAUUGAUUGGCUAUCCCAUUUCACUAGCGAUCCCAUGGAAACCGAACGAUUGCAAGAGUUUUGCUCAAUAGAAGGACAGGAUGACUUAUUCGAAUACACUAAACGUCCUAGACGGACCAUCCUCGAAGUCCUGUCCGAAUUCAAAUCAGCCACUAUCCCUCUUGAUUACAUCCACGACGUCUUCCCUCAAAUCCGGCCUAGACAAUUCUCGAUUGCCUCUUCCCCCAAGCUCUUUCCUAAUCAGAUCCAGUUGUUGGUGGCCGUAGUCAACUACAAAACAAGACUCUCUGUACCUCGGAAAGGAUUGUGUACGAGCUAUUUAUCGAAACUUGAGAUUGGGACUCGAAUUCACAUUGGGAUCAGUGGAGGAUAUGUGACGUUUCCGCAAGACCCAAGCCAGCCGGUGAUCUGUAUCGGACCUGGCACGGGGAUCGCUCCCUUCCGAGCACUCAUUCAAGAUCGAUCGACCCAUCAUAUUUCUGACGUAUCAUCUCGGCCUAACGCGCUGGUCUUCUUCGGCUGUCGCGCUCAGGAUUCCGACUUCUAUUAUCGCGAGCAGUGGACUCAGUUCGUCGAUCUGCAGAUCUGUAACUUUUUUUGGGCCGCUUCUAGAGAUCAGGAGAAUAAACGGUAUGUUCAGGAUUUGAUCGUCGAAAACUCUGCGUUGGUGUGGGAAUAUAUGGCCGUUCGUAAUGCGUCAAUCUUCAUCUCUGGAUCUGCAGGUGAGAUGCCUAAGGGCGUUCGAUCGGCAUUGAAAAAGGUUUGUGUUGGUCAAGGCGGGUUGGAUCAGACUGGGGCGGACGAGUUCAUUGAGAGGUUGGAAGCUCUGGGGAAAUUACAGGAAGAUACUUGGAGCUGAAACUAAAUCAUCCGAUUGUAGAGGGAAAUGCAGCGUACAACACUUAUCAUUUAUCUCUUGUGUUUUUAUCUCUUCAUCGCACAAAGCAAAGUUCAAAUGCAUAUUCAAAAAACAAGGUGUUGUCCCUCGAUGUAAAGUAGUUCUGGGUUUUCUCCUAUCUUGACCUCAGCGUCCACUCUCUUGCGGUCAAGCUAAGUGAAACAGAAGGACGAGAUGAAUUAUUCAAAGCGGUGAUCAACUGCAAUAUAAACCAAGAAAUGCAGCCCGAUGGAGAAAUUCCACACCGGCC